CCACCUGCGGAGCGAAAAGUAACCAAAGAACAUCAAUAAUGGUAUCUGGUCGUAUCGAGCCCCGAGGUCCUCCUGUCUCCCUAGUCCCACAACGUUUGCAUGAGGAUAACGUGGCGGUCGGGCCUGAGUUCCAGGUUUUUCUCAGAUUUAUGCAUUUGAACGGGAGGAAGAGUGUCGUCCGCCGAGAGAUGGUGGUGAUCAGAUUGGAAAGUCAUUGCAAUCCAUAUAUAUAUCGUACAGAAAGCUGCGUCGCUAUGAUAACGUUUUUCUUAUGAGGAAUUCCGUGUAAAGUAUUAUAGAGUGGAUAUAUAUAGUCAUGCUCGGUAUAGAAGGGCGACUUGUGUAUUUACGUCAGUGUGAGGGAAUCUGAGCGAAAAAAAAAAAGUGUGUGAUGAACUCAGGGACAUACAAACUCAAGUAAGAAAACGGAGAACACCAUCAACAGUGGUAAAUUACAAAGAACUGCCAUUCUCCCUCUUUUAGAAUAUUCUUGCAUCAUCAGAGCUUAAAACGUAAACAUGCCAGCACAGGUAGCAGCAGCCGAAGAAUUUGACGAAAAUCCGGAUGCCCUUUUCAGACCAUCGCGAGACUCGCCUGUUGUCAGUACCUCGGAAAAUAGAGAUGGCGAAAUUUCUCAGAUGUUACCUGAGGAAUCACCUGAAGUCCUUGAAACUGCAGCUGAAAGGAGAGCGAGACGUCAUUCACACUGGAUCAUCUAUAUUACUGCAUUUGUCAUGUCCAUCGGAUUUUCCAUUGUGUUAACUGGAGUAUGGCCAUACCUGCAGCGGUUAGAUGCAAGAGUGUCCAAAGAGUUUUUAGGUUGGGCCAUUGCUGCAAAUCCACUCGGGCAGAUGGUUGCGUCUCCGCUCUUGGGACUGUGGGGGAAUAAAGCAGGAUCCAACAGAGGAGCAUUUCUUACAACAAUUCUGCUCUUCAUCAUUGGGAACAUCCUCUAUGCCAUCCUUAGCUUGUUUGGUGCCGCAGCCAAAAGUGUCAUGAUUUUCUCACGAUUCCUUGUAGGGAUUAGUUCAGCUAAUAUUGCUAUCAUCAGAUCAUACAUAGCUUCAUCUACAACUUUAAAGGAAAGAACUACAGCUGUUGCACUAACUUCCGCUGCACAAGGACUCGGUUUUAUUAUUGGCCCAGCUAUUCAGGCAGCAUUAGCAGUGGCCUUCUCACAUGAGAGAACAAGUGAGAAUAAGACAUCAUUGGUGCCCGAGGCCCUGGCAGAGGAGAUGGAAGAUGCCGGCCUUGGAAUUGAGUGGAAUAUGUAUACAGCUACUGGUUGGGUCGCAACCUUCCUUGGGGCACUGAACUUCUUUCUUUUCAUGCCAUGCAUCUUCAAAGAAUACCCAAUAGCAGCCAAAGAAGCUCAGCUCACAAGACAUGCUGCCAAGGAAGAUAAAAAAUUACCAAAGCCUGAUUACCUUGCACUGGUUGGUGUACUGGUUUCUUUCUUCAUCAUCCUUUUCAUAUAUGUCUUGAUAGAAACAUUGCUUGUUCCUAUGUGCAUUGACCUGUAUGCCUGGACUGAUGAACAAGCUAUAACAGUUGUAGGAAUUGGUUUAAGUAUAGCUGGAGCUGUGUCAGUCAUAAUGUUUACCUUGACAAGUGUCUUAACCAAGAAAUUUGAUGAACGCAAAGUUUUUAUUUUUGUUGGAUUAGUUCCAUUAACAAUAGCCAUGUUGAUUCAUUUCCCAAUGGGAAAUACCUAUCCAAAAAUGCAGAAUUGUACUUCGCAUGAUAGUGCAAGUGAGUUAGGAAGCUUUACCACAGUAUUACCAAACAUGAACAUGAAUUUUACUGAACCCAAUAGUUCCUUAUCUCGACAAAGACGUCAUGUUGCAAGAGAUGACACUUGCACUGAUCUUGGCUGCCCUCAAAAGCAGGAAUGGUGCCUUUACACACCUAUUGUAGAAAUGCCUCAGAUGGUUGUGGCAGACACAGUUGCAGUUAUAGGGUAUCCAGUUGCAUUUACGCUCUCUAGUUCCUUCUUCUCAAAAAUUUUAGGGCCAAAGCCACAAGGUGUAUGGAUGGGUAUUCUAACAAGUACAGGAAGUUUGAGUCGUGUCACCGGUCCAAUUUUUGUGUCUUACAUGUACACUGCUUUAGGUACUAGGUGGACAUUUGGUAUCCUUUUUGUAGUAAUUUCUCUUACACUUAUUAUCAUAUCUUCAUUGUUCAAAAGACUUGUUCCUAUGAAGGUGGUUGCUACUUAAAUUGUUGGGAAGAUGUUCACUCUGCCAUCAACACUUACAUUGCAGAUUCACUGCUUUUUAAUUGGUUUGUUUUUGGUUGUUGUCAAGUAACUACAUUGUUUAUUUACUAAGUUGGUGAAGGUUAUUCUUUCAUUAUCAUGAUUCAGAUUUUAGCAUUAGGUGAUUCUUUUUUUCCUAGUGCUUGUGCUAAACUAUUCAACUUGGACAGAAAAGAAUUAAAAAUCAUAUUUUUCUUCUGCUUUUAGAGAUAUUAUACAUACUGUGAUGAGGAUAGG